AAAAGCCACAGACGGGGCACAGAGCAGAGGGAAGGAUUUGCCACCUGGGGUCACGAGCAGCCCUCGAGUCUCCUUCAUGGCAAGUGACAUGGGAUGGAACGACAUGGGACGGAACAGCAUGGGACCGAUCAAGGACGAAGAGAUUCAGAUGGGCAUCUCCAAGGGAGCGGCUCUUCCCAGCCCCAAGGCAUGGAGCAAAGGGAAGAACUUGCCCCAUGGGGCUGUGAGCAGCCCCCGAGUGUCCUUCAUGGAAAGCGAUAUGGGAUGGAAUGACACGGGACAGGUCCAGGAUGAAGAGAUCAAGAUGGGCAUCUCCAAGGGAGCGGCUGUUCGAAGCUCAAGGGCAUGGAGCAGAGAGAAGAACUUGCUGCACGGGGUCACGAGCAGCCCCCGAGUGUCCUUCGUGGAAAGUGACGUGGGAUGGGAUCAGAGCGGGGAUGAUGAGGAGAUCAAGACAAGCAUCUCAAAGGCAGAGGCUCUUCCCAGCCUCCUGGAUGUUCCCCCUGAGAUGAAGGACGUGAAACAUAUCAAGGACGAAGAGAUCAAGAUGAGAAUCUCCAAGGCAGAGUCUCUUCCCAGGCCCCUGGGUUCUCCCCCUGAGAUGAGCGACAUGGAGCGGAUCAAGGAUGAAGAAAUUGAGAUGAGCUUCUCUAAGACAAAGAGUUUGGAUGGCAGUGUCACUGCCCUGAGAGUGCAUCCAGGAUCCCCUGGCAUCCACGCCCCCAUCCCAACGAAGGCAGCACGAGGCCACCCAGCAUCACAGAGCCACUGGAUCCCAGCUGAGAGUGUGGCUGGGACUGACAGUGGCAGCAGGUCCCGGACAGCAAAGGAGGCACAAGGAAGGGGCAGCUUCAGGACGGAGCCCUCUGGGAUGAAGCUCCUCAAGGUGUCCUCUCCCGACUUCUUGCCCAGAGACCAGCCCUUCACCAUGCAGCUUCCUGGCCCGCCCUCUCCACCCGGGUCUCCUGCCCUCCCUGGGCUCUCUCCACCCGGAUCUCCUGCCCGCUCCAGGCGCUCCGAUAUCAUCCCCUACACGCCGCCGCCGUCCCCCGGCCUCACGGGCCGCCUGCCCCCCAUCGUCAAACAGUACCAGGAGCACGGACAAAGGGAGCAGGCAGAGGGGUAUUCCCGCAGAUCCCCCAUGUACUGUGGGGGCCGGCACACCAGCAUCUGCCCAGUGCAGCCGAUGGAGCCCCUCCUCCCAGACCCCAGCAAGCCCGGCGUGUUUGACCUGGUGGGCAGGGAUGGAAUCGUCUACCGGGGCCGGCAGUGCAGGAGGACUCCUAUGGGGUCCUGGAUGGAAGGAGCAACCUAUUCCAAUCUGCAGUAAAGAGCUACAAGCAGCCAAGCA